AUGGCAGGUGAUGAAGCCCCUAUCUCUCGAACUGAGUUUGACGUGCUAAAGGCCGAUGUCAAUCAGAUGAAGACUGUCGUGGAGCGAAUAGCAGUGGCAGUAGAGCGUCUGGAGAUUGCAGGAGAUCGAAAUCGCGUUGAUGGUCGCCAACGACGUGAACCGACUCCGUAUGAAGAUUCCGACAGCGAGGAAGAUCACUAUGCACCCCCACGCCGCGGUGUUUAUCGCAGAGACCGACGACAAAGGGAUAAUUAUGACGCUGGAGGUUUCAAGAUGAAGAUGGAUCUGCCAUCUUUCAACGGGCAACUGCAUAUUGAAGAGUUCCUCGACUGGAUUGCAGAAGUAGAGAGGUUCUUUGAGUAUAUGGAGAUCCCUGAAGAACGUAAGGUUAAAUUGGUGGCCUACAGACUCAAAGGUGGAGCUUCGGCUUGGUGGGAGUCUGUUUGUCUGAAUCGAUCUCGUCAAGGAAAGCCGAAGGUCGAUAGGUGGGAAAAGAUGAAGAAGCUACUGAGAGCCCGUUUCUUACCAAGUGAUUAUGAACAAGUUUUAUUUGGGCAGUAUCAGAAUUGUAGGCAAGGUGGAAGAACUGUGGAUGAGUAUACGCAGGAGGUCUAUCGACUGUCAUCCCGCAACAAUUUACACGAGAGCGAGGCGCAGCAGAUGUCUCGAUACAUUGGGGGAUUAAGGAUAGCGAUUCAGGAUCGUGUAUCUUUGCAGCAGACCUAUACAUUGGCAGACACGGUUAGCCUAGCCGAGAAGGUGGAGCGACAGCUUGGACGAAAUAGUAAAGGAUCGUGGGCAGCUUUCGACGGUUUGCGCACAAACUUUAAUCGUGGUGGGAAUAAACAGUCUCAAACUGUUCCUGAUCAAGAUUCUACGACAGAGAAGGGCAAGGGGCCAGCGACAACCGCAGCGAAGAAGCCUACUCCAGCGAACCCUUAUGCCAAACCUGACCCGAUCAAGUGUUAUAGAUGCGGACAGCCUGGUCAUCGUUCCAAUCAGUGCCCUAAAAGAGGUACUGUCAACAUAGUGGAUCAUGAAGAUGAAGUUACAGACCGUGACGAAGCUGAAGACUACGAUGGUGGAUUGGAUCCUGAUGAUGAUGGGGAACAACUCUCAUGUGUUGUACGGCAUCUAUUAUUGGCCCUAAAGACAGAAGAUCCCCCACAGAGGCAUAACAUCUUCCGCACGAGAUGCACUGUGAAACAGAAGAUCUGUGAUGUCAUCAUUGAUAGUGGGAGCAACGAGAAUAUUGUCUCUCGACGCAUGGUGGAGAGGUUAGGAUUAAAGACAGAGAAGCAUCCCGCCCCUUACAAGAUUGGUUGGAUUCGAAAGGGUAGCGACGUACAAGUCGAUGAAGUGUGUCGGGUAUCCUUUUCCAUUGGCCGAACUUAUAUCGAUGAGGCGUUAUGUGAUGUAGUUGAGAUGGACGCAUGUCAUAUCUUAUUAGGCAGGCCAUGGCAGUUUGAUGUUGAUGCCACACAUCGGGGAAAUGAUAAUGUUUAUAUAUUUAAGAAGGAUGGUCGGCGAAUUGUGCUCAAGUCUCUAACUGAGAAGGGGCCUAUCAAUACCAAUAUGGCUAAAAAGAAGAAUUUCUUGGUCGUUGACAAUGAAAACUUUAUGAAAGAUGUGAAGCAGUCUGAUGAGAUUUAUGCCCUAGUAGUUUCGGGAAAAGAGGAGUCUGCCACUGACGAAUUUCCACUAGAAGUACAGACCCUCUUACAGCAGUUUAAUGCAGUUAUGCCUGAUGAUCUUCCUUCUGAAUUACCCAUGCUUAGGGACGUUCAACAUCAGAUUGACUUUAUCCCUGGAUCUCGACUACCAAAUCUGCCACACUAUAGGAUGAGUCCGAAGGAAGGAGAGGUUUUGCAGAAGCAGGUGGAUGAUCUCAUCCAGAAGGGCCUUAUACGACCUAGCAUGAGUCCGUGUGCAGUGCCAGCACUACUGGUCCCAAAGAAGAACGGAGAGUGGCGUAUGUGUGUGGACAGUAGGGCUAUCAACAAGAUUACAGUGAAGUAUAGAUUUCCUAUUCCACGCUUGGAAGACAUGCUAGACAUGUUAUCUGGUUCAAAAGUGUUAUUCAAGAUAGAUCUCAAGAGCGGCUAUCAUCAGAUUCGGAUUAGGGAAGGAGAUGAGUGGAAGACUGCUUUCAAGACAAAAGAAGGCCUGUACGAGUGGUUAGUCAUGCCUUUUGGUCUUUCUAAUGCCCCUACCACUUUUAUGCGAUUGAUGAAUUAG